GAUUUCCCGCCAUUUUGCAAUAUUCACGUGGUUGACAUGGUUGGUGUAAACACACACGAGAUGAGUCUGUAAAACAAUAAUAUUUAUAUAAUCAGCGUUUUACGUGCAUGCUUUGUAUUGUAAAAUGUAGCUACCUAUUUAGUCUAAUACUCGUAAGUAUGCUAAUGCAUGCAUUGUCUGUUUUUCUUUUUGACUUCAAAAUGAAAACUGAUCUUGCAUGAAUGUAUAACAAAAUGUCACACUCACACUGCCAAACUAAGACCAGUUGAAAAUUUUCAAAUGUUUUUUGCUUUAGGUAUUUUCUAUAUACUUUUUAAAUGUCAAAAUAGAGAAUGACUUGAUACAACUUUGUAAUGAAGUUCUUUUGGAUUUUGUGUAGGCAAUAGAGAAAAUGAUAAAUCGUAGAAUAAAUAAAAAGAAAAUUUAUUUAGCAAUAAUAUAAGAAAUAUAAAGAUGUUUGAGAAACAAAGAAAUCACACUUUUACAUACACACACCCAUACUCUCUCACCGAGAAAGAAAAUAUAAAUUGGUAUAAUAAACCUGGCAAUAUUGACAAUCAAUAUAACGUAUAACUGUCAAGACAAUUCAAUAGUUAAUACAACAAAUAUGUCAUUCCAGGCUGAAAAUGUAACUGGUAAUAAAUGUAUUACAAAAUAGUUCAAAUAGUAGCAAAUUCCGCUAACUACAGAGAAAGUUAAACAGUAGUAAAUAAUACGUUUUGUAAAUACAAAACUUCUCAAAUUCCUUUUUGAUAAAAUGUUAAUUUACUAAAACUCAAUAUGAAAGUUUGGCUACUCGGCACAAUUCAAUUUAACGCCACGUCACACUUGGCACAACCAGGCCUCCAUACAGCGCGAACAGCCCCUCCGCUUCCAGUCCCGGACUCGCGUCUCUCACUGAACAACGAUACUGGGUAUAACGCCGACUUCAAACCAAUGGCAACACUAGGCUCACAAAAUAAUAGCCGAGUCCACCACGUGGAACACCCAUGUACAGUGCGGUCUCGCGUGUUUUGAUUCCCACGCCGAGCACCUACUGAAACGCUGAGAGUACUGCCUGAUAUGGCCCAGAUAGCUUCUUAAAUCCCCUCUGCACUGAAAUAGCAAUUACUUAACCUAAAACCUAUACACAAAGUGACUUGGGUAACAACAAAAGUGAAAACACAAUACACGAGAAAAUUAACCCGAAACCUCGCAAAUAUUUCACACAAAAUUAGCUUACCGGCUGGGGAAAACCAAUGCCCACACAGUAAAAUGUUUGUCUCUCUGGCUACCCAUUGCCCAGACUAACUUCUGGAAUUCACCAAGAAAAGACCCCUGCUGGACAGCAUGAAAACGUGGCCGCACGCUUGACAAACAGCCACUACUCUGACUGACCAAACCAGUAUGCUAAAAAUAGCCUAUCAACCAACACUCACACUACGGAAACACCUUACAAACAUAAACAACUAUUUACAGACAACACCACAAAAACUAACUAAAGUGAAAAUUAGCUUCAUCACAAACUUAUAAAACAAAACUAAACAACAUUUAUUAUUUAACAUACCCUGUGUAAAGCAAUACAAGAUUUAAAAUAUCCAAUUAUGCAUCAAUUAACACCUAUUGGUAUAACUAGUAUAAUCCCCAAGAUCAGAGGAAAAAAUCAGCAAUAUAAACAAUUAAGGGAAUAUUUUUUGAGAGCAUACCUACAAUGACCAUUUAAAGCAAUACAAGCUGUAACUUAUGGUAUUUUUUCAACUAUUCAAUUAUUCACCAAAUAACACUUACCGGUUUAACUAAUAUAAUCCCCAAGAUCUGAAGAAAAAUUGUGCAAAAUAAACAAGGGAAUAUUGUUUGAGAGCACACCUACAAUGAGCGUUUCAUAUAAACCGCCAUUGUGUCGUAUACACGGACAUGGGAACGAUGAUUGCCGAACAUAAUCGGGUUGCUGAGACCGAGGCCAUAUACAAAGACGGAAAGUGACGCGAGUAACUAGACGUGUCGUUUGUUUUAAAAUAUGUUGUUGUUUCAUGAAUGACUAGAAAUACUAUGCAAGUGUAAAAAGGUAAUAAUUACGCAAAUGUGCCACUCGAUCAAAUGAAAUUUUGAUUGUGAGUUUUCUAUAAAAUUGGCAUGUUAAACUGUUUACAAAUCUAACACGUGCUCAAUGCCUCUCUUUCGCUUUUUCCGAACUGGUGACCUCCAAGGUCAAUGCACAUCGGAGGUUACCAGCAGGAAUUACUGACGGGAUGACAGUGAUUCAUGAAUCUAUAUUUUCUGCUGAUUUGACGGGUUUAUUGCUUCAGAUUCACUUGGAUUCUAUUAAGUUAUAUAUAUUUAAUCACAUAUAUGUUGACUAUUUUUCUUUUCUUUUUUAAUUUAUUUUCCGUCAGUUACAGCUUGUAUUGCUUUAAAUGCAUUGCAUCGUAUACACAGGCAUGGGAAUGGUGAUUGCCAAACAUAAUCGGGUUGCUGAAGUCAGAAACUGGUCAUUUACAAAGAUCAUGGAAACUGACGUAACUUAACACAUUUCGUUUGUUUUAAAACAUUACAUUGUGUCAUGGAUGACAUUGAGUGUAAGUAAGAAAGUAAUUAAAUAACGCAAAAUUAAUGUGCCACUCAAAUGACAUUUUUAUAGUGAAUUUGCUAUAAAAUUGGCAUGUUAAAAAUGUUUACAAAUCUGACAUGCGCAGUGUCUCUUUUUCGCAUUUUUCUGAACUGGUGACCUCCGAGGUCAAUGCACAUUGGAUAUUACGAGACGGAAUUACUGACAGGAUGACAGUGAUUCAUGAAUCAACAUUUUCUGCAGAUUUGACAGGUUGAAGCAUCAGAGUACUUGGAAGGUCACCCAUCUGAAUCCUGAAAUGGGCGUGACAAACUUGUGGCAGGUACUGGAACCAGUAAAGAGACACCAAACUCUCUCCAGCCUGAGUGGACAGACCCUGGCAGUGGAUCUCAGUAUCUGGGUGUGCGAAACACAGUGUGUCAAACAAAUGCAGGGAAUUGUCACCAAACCAUUCUUAAGGAAUCUGUUCUUCCGGGUCUCCCACUUGUUGCAGCUAGGAGUGCAUUUAGUGUUUGUGAUAGAAGGAAAUGCUCCGGAUCUGAAACAGCAGACAAUGGCCAAACGACAAGAGUCUCGUUUUCACCACAGGAAGGUCAUUGGUGGUCAGAGGCGAACAGGAAGGAGGAACUUUAAUGCGUGUCUAAGAGAAUGUUGUGAGAUGUUGGACUCUCUAGGAAUUCCAUAUGUACAGAGCCCGGGAGAGGCCGAGGCCACGUGUGCUGCCCUGAACGCCAGUGGGGUUGUUGAUGGUUGUCUGACAAACGAUGGUGAUGCUUUCCUUUAUGGAGCUAGGACAGUGUAUAGAAAUUUUACUAUGAACACAAAAGACCCCCAUGUGGAGUGUUACAGUAUGACUGAUGUGGAGGAGAAGCUAGGGUUGACAAGGGAGAAAUUGGUUGCCAUGGCAUUGCUGCUGGGCUGUGACUAUCUACCAAAAGGUGUUCCAGGAGUAGGCGUAGAGAGGACAAUAAAAUUGAUGAAAUCGUUAACAAUCCCAAACGUUUUAGAAAGGUUUGAGGAGUGGAGGUCCAUGCCAGAGACGUUGUGUGUGGACUCGCUGGAAGUGUGUGUGAGACGGAAAGCAGUGUCCGUUCCCGACUUCCCUCACAGGGAGGUUAUACAGGAAUUCAUGCAAGAUGGGGGAAAAUGUCCUACUCGCAUCUCAAAAUGGAGUCGGCCAUCCAUGGCUGACCUUCAGGUGUUUUGUCUCAGUAAACUGGAAUGGCCGGUGGAGUACACUCUAGAGAAGGUCCUCCCGGCGGUCACGUUGUGGGAUAUGACCAACAUCAACGGCUCCUCACCAACAGGCAGACAUCUUGUUCCCAGGCAAAUUAUCAAAUCACGAAUCAGACAUGGUGUGAACUGCUUUGAAGUACAGUGGAUCAAACCAGAUGAGGACAGUGUAUGCAGUGAAGACCUGUACAGGACUAUAGAGGAGCAGACCCUGUUUGGGAGGAGUUAUCCCCAGACUGUGGCAGAUUUCAACAAAGAACAGGCCAACAAGAAAACCAAGGAUAAAGGGAGGAAAUCAAAAAAGAAAGUUGCCAGUAACAGUGACGAGAAGGAUAUUGUUGAACUUAGUCAAACUUUAGAGUCCGUCAAUCUUACAGGGAAUUCUGAUGAUGUAGGGACUGCUGAUGAUAAAGCUAUCAAAGAAUGCUGUGAUCGAGUUUUAAAUAAGGAGGGUAUCACAGGAACCAGGGUGGGUCUCUUGACUGUAAAUAAAAAGCAACAGAACACAGCGUCGCCAAUGUGUAGGCUGGAACUGGCAAUGAGGGCUAUGGUAAAGGCGUCAGACAAGGAGGCCUCUGUUGCCGUGGAGACGAACCUGAACUUCAGUAGUAGUGAGGAAGAAGACGAUGAGUACCUACCUCUGUCACAGAGGCUGCAACGGAAAAUCGCAAAGCCAAGAGUAGAGCAGAAAACCGUUAAACUGUCCACAGUACCCCUGGGGGAUCCCCAGAGUCAGGCUGGGGGUGGUGAUAAUGAUGUGAUGGUGAGGGCAAUUUCCCUCGGCGUAUCUAGUGCUCUGAGAGACAAAUUCUCUAGCGACAGCGAUUCUGAGGACCUCCAGAGAUUUCUGUCACAGCCAGAGAAUGAAAAUUUCACUGGUAAAAUGACAAGUACUGAAUACAAAGAUAAAUUGAUGGAUGUGAUGAAUAGUGAUGUAAAUCAUGAUGGUUUUUAUGUUGAUGAUGAAAUUUCUUAUGGUGAACGGAAAGCCUCUCCAACUGGGAAAUAUGAGAGUUCUAGGGCUUCAAAGGGAACUUCCAUGUGGCAAAGGAGUUUUGAUACCUCCAAAGCACAAAUGGUGGACAAGACAGAGUUUUUGAACAUACCUAAUGUAAGCUUCACUGUUCUGACACCAAGUUUAUCGGUGAGAGGGGAGUCGAAGGUUGGGACCAGAGGGGAUGUUUCAACCUCAACCCCUGAGGGUCAAUCAGCUGUUUAUAGAUGUGUGUCCAGAUUUUCACACAAUCUCUCUAACUUGAGUCCCCAUCUUUCAGAAGAUCUAGCAGGCUCACCGCUUCUGAGGUUUGAUUCUCCGCAGAGUUCUGCGAGUUUGAGCUGUGGUAAACAGUUGCAACAUUGUUGUGAUAUAUCAGCAAUGUGGGAGAGCGUGUUGAGUAACACUAACAAUGCCCAUGAUUUCGGUCAUUUUGAAGUGCAGACCUCUCUUCUGAAUUCAUUCAGUAAAGGAGAUAUCACAGAUGGCGAGCUGUCUACAGUGACCAGUUUUACAGAACAGCACUCCUUAACUCCUGCUGGUAAUGUUUUAAAUUCUUUAGCUAAAAAAACAAUUGGCUCACAUGAAACUGGGAAAGAGGGCAAUAUAAACACUCUGGAACAAGACUCUGUGAUAGUUCACAACAACAUGUCUGUCAGUGAUAAUGAAGACGGAAACGCGCAUACUGAAAAUCAUAUUAACAGUGUUAAAAAGCUAAAGGAAAGUACAUUACAAGUGAGGUCUGCUUUACGUACUGUGAAUGGACAGAAUAAUGUAACCUUAGUGAUUAAUAAAUGUACUAAGGACCAUUGUAUUCCACAAGCUUCAUGCAAUCCUAGUCAGGACCACUGUUUGUCUUUUCCUGUGAUUCCACUCGCUAAUUCUAGCAGUGACGAAAAUCUGAAUUCUGUGUGUGUGGACAAGGAGAACCAGUCUUGUGAUGGGAGGGGGGAGUGUGGUAGAAAGAGUCCUGUGUCUCUUGUAGAGAGACUUAGAAAGAGACUAGAUAAUCACACAGACUCCAGUCUUAUCCACAACAUCAAGUACGGACCCUUGUCUGUUAAACCUGUGAAAUGAUAUGGUUUGUACAUAUAUAUCAUGACUACUUGUCUUUGAACUAAAUGCUUCCUGUGGGAGAUUUUUACAGUAAACUCAAUGUAGAUUAUGUUGGAGCUGUGAAUUGUUGACAGAGAAUGCAUGUAUACUGCUGAUCUCUGUACCAGCACAAUAUUUCUAGAAUGUUAUACACUGAACAUGAUGUAUACAUGUAUUGGUACAUGCAUGUUGGGGUUUGCAUUAUAAUGUUGAUUCAUUAUAGGAGAGAGAAGGGGGGGGGGGGGGGGGUGCACUGGUUUACCUGUUAUUCCAUCUGUCAAGACAUUUUCUACUGCAAUUUUUUUUUUAGUUAGGAAAAUCAGGAAUGAUAACUCUAAUUCCCUUCUUCAAUAGCAGUUUCACUAAAACCGUAGUACACAAAAUGUUUAACCCAGACAGAUUUGUGUAGCAAGUGUGUAUCCAAAGAUGAUGAUGUUUCAGGGUUUUAGAGAGAAAGAAAUAUGACCAUAGGAUUUUUUUUUUUUACUUCAUAAAAUAUUCAUACAUUCUUCAUUACAACUUUCAAACAUUACCUUUGAUAAUUUAUUUGAGAUGGGGGGGGGGGGGUAGUGAUAACAUCUCAAGUUUCAGACCUAUUUAAGUAUAUUUUACACUGUAACCCUUCGGUAGCAGGAUAAAAAAUUUGCACUGAUUGCUUGAAGUGGCCUUUGAAGCCCCGGUAUUAAAACUUGUAGUAAUAAACAAAACAAUAUUUUAUAGAGUGAUUUUAUUUUGAAUAAAAGUGAUUUUAAUAUUGA